CUGUUGUUGUACGAGAGAACUGCACUGGAAAAUGUCUGCUAUAAGCUUUUUCUGGCCUUUUUCUUUAAAAGUCUCAGUGAGAACAUGGUUAUCUUAGCACAUUGACGCAGGUUAUCUAUCUGUAAAUGUGUAAACGCUUCAUAUUUCACAGACAGAAGGUGUUGCUAUCAGUCCUUUAAAAUGGCAACAUAUCUGGCCUUAGUCACUGUUCUUAUCCAGCUUCUAGUUGAUAAGGUGACGAGUGACAACAUCGACUUUUACAAUCUCAUGCCUGCCGUAGAAGGAACCCCUUAUCCCAAGAGUUUCAAGUGCUUCACAUGUAAACAAGCCACAGACAACUACAGCUGUAAUCGCUGGGCAGAGGAUGUAUGGUGCCCUCAAAAUACCCAGUACUGUAUGACAAUACAUCAUUUUAACCAUAAUGGGAAGACAAAGUCUGUUACCAAAAGAUGUGCAGUGCAUGAAGAAUGCCGAUCAUCAGGCUGUAAACAUCAUAAAAAUCCACAUCACAUGGAGUGUGUGUCUUGCUGUGAAGGGAUGGUUUGUAACGUAGAGUUGCCUACCAAUCACACUAAUGCAGUGUUUGCUCAGAGACGAACCCACAGCUCAGCAGCAUCAACUUUCAGGACCUGGAAUUCUGUUUUCCUGCUUAUAACAGCUUUGACUGGACUAUUACCAUUGUGAUCCUAAAUCAAAACAACCUGUACUGUGAUAAACAGUACUAGAAAUUAAUGACUCAUCACCACGGAGACGGCAUCCACGAUGAAAUACUAUUGCAUGCUGACUGAUGAAUGUUUUCAUUACAUCAUACCCAACAGUUGUUCAGCAUCCAAAGCCUUCAAAGGAAAUGGAAAAUGUGAUGUGGGCUCAGUUAUAUAGCUGCAUAAUGCAUUGUCCAGUCAGAUCCGAACGAACAAGAUCUGUUAAUGCAUUUCAAGUGCAGCUUGUGCUUACUAAUGAUGCUCUAAACAGGACAGGAAAACAGACGUAGUGUUAAGCAGCAAAGGCAGUGGAUGUUAAUAGUGAUGCCUCACUGGAUUUGUAUUGACCAAACUUAGGCUGUAACUGAGCAAUGAGAGUCUCUGUGCGAGGAGGACGGACUCGCUCGAUGGCUCUGAUCCCAGAUUCUGUCAAACAAACCAAGCACAGCAAAAAGAAUAUGAGGAACGUAUUGUUCCUUUUAAACAAUGUGGAAGACUUAAAGAGAUCUUGAUCGCAGAGAUACAUCACUUGUUUAAAAGCAUGGGCCAGGAUAAAUCACAAAAAAGCACUAAUGAAUGAAUUAAGUAUUUAUGAUAUAGGCCGUUGUGGUUUGCCUAUAGCCACUGAGUUUAUUCCUUGGCAUUUUAUUUUCCCAAAGAAAUAAUAAAAUACUGUGCCUAAUUAUACAUGUGAAUUCAAGAACAAAAUGAAAUAUAAUUUAAAUACAAUUAUGUUUUAUAAACAUCCAAUACACAUGCAUGCAUUUCACUGGACGCAUUGCAAAUUGCAAUCUACACUUAGGUUAGCCAAAUUAAAUUUUGUUUUAACAGAAUCAGUGCUUCUAAAUAUUAUAAAUGAAAUAAACUUAAACUGCAGAUUUGUUUGUUGCUUAGAAAAACUUGACAGUAAGGUUGACCCCUUCGCAUGCUGGAUUGACGUGAGUUAAUAUGACAAAUAGUCUUGUUUACCUUCACUGGGUUGUAGCUCUGAGGCUUGUCAGAGAUUGUAAAUGAUUCCUCAUCUCUUUAAUCUAUAACAUACCGCUGUGCUUUUCGUGUGUGACCAGCGGGGCUCUCUGCACAUUUAACAUAAAGCUUUUAAAAAACUUCUCUCCUUGCUGAUCUGAAAACAGUUUUGUGUUUUUAUAUGAGACAGUCUGGGUUUGAAUUAAAAGGAGGGAGCUGAACCAUGAUCAGUACAAAAGAGCAACUCCACCCCCAGAGCCCAGAGCACAAUGAACAGAUUCCCAAGAGGAUCACGGUGUGGGACACAAAGCCAUGGAUCAUUUAUAUUAUUGCUGUCUGGAAUAAUGAGGAGUUUUUUUCCAGACUGAACAUAACAUAUUACUUCAAUAUUUUGGUCUUGGGUAUGGUUUUCUCUGUUCUUUAACUUCUUCGCCUAGAAAGAGAAAAUGUGUGCUCUGUGUAUUGCUUUAAAUCGAAUCACAGGUUUAAUAGGUUUGUGUGAGGGUAAGGUGCAGAGGAAGGUUUAGA